AUGGGUCGAAAUUUUUUUGAGCUACUUUACUGUGGAAACCAUUUUAUUAGAACCAACAAGUUUGCAGCCUUCUACCUGAACUCUAUGUUUUAUCACUCUUCAAAAGACGCUCCCAGCCUGCAAUGGUAUCAGAAUGGGUUUCUCAAGGUGAAAGAGUUGACCCAUUUGCUAGGAAAUGUGGAUGAAGUUAAUGGUAGACUUGUUGAUAUAAAGAGCAAUUCAACCUUUUUUGAUGAUGACAUUGAGCGUGAAAUGUCUACCUUCAAGUCCCUUGUUCGUGAGUUUGUUGGGUCUGCAAUUGUUCAGCACAAAAUGAAACAUGUCCAGGCCUCUUUCAUCACAAAUGCAAAACAUGAAUCUUUUACCCCUUUUAAAAGCAACUGA